AUGUCGGUCCCUCGUGCGCGGCUGCUGGACCUCAUGAAGGUCCAAUGCCAGGUAUUCUCCUCCACCUACAACCCAGACGGCAUCCGAACCGGCAACAAGAUCCUCCGACAGAGGCUACGAGGACCAGCACUUGCUUCGUACUACCCCCGAAAGGUCGCGACCAUUCGAGACCUGGUAAAAGAGUUUCAGCCGUUCCACCUGAUCGCAGAAGACGAGAAGCAGGAUGAUCGGUUGGAGGGCAUAGCCGCGCUGAAAUCCCGUGGGAAGGGGAAGCCCAAGAAAAAGAAGGCAGCUUCAUCUAUAGAUUCAAAGGGGAAGAAGAAGUAG